AUUUGGUUUUGGAUACCAUUACCAACCACCCCCCCCCCCCUGUUUCUCUCCUUUGAUUCUUCCGCCCGCACAUGUUUUAUGUAUAUGCGAUCAGAAGAAUAGAGACGUAGAGACUCCAGAUUGUCUUCAAAAUCAUUACUUCUUUUCCAUUUCUCCACAUUUUCUUGCCUUCCAGUUUUAUCCACCAUCCCCACCUACCUUCAUUCUCUGAAUAUUUUGGUGGUGUUGUUGGUAAGGAUAGAAAUGGCAAGCCACUACUACUAUUUAGAAGUCCACCAUGCAUUGUUCUAGUACUAAUAAGUAUUAAAUUUGUUUUAUUUUUUCAAUAUUUGUUCUUGUAAAUUGCAGCCUCUCAUUACCCGGAAGGCCAAUUUCCUCACAAGAAUUGAAGUCCACGUUCUUAUAGGAGGAAUUUAAUUAAUUAUUAUAACUUGGGGACUGGCCUAAUUCCGGCUCCAAAUCUAGUCUUUUCCCAACCUUCUAGGUGAUGGCGUCCGUUACACCUAAUAAAUCUCUUCUGAAUUACUCCAAUCCACGUUCUGGAUUGUUCGAUUACUCAAAAAAGUCAAAUCCCCAUUUGGGUUUUCAUUUCCAGACAGAAAACAGGGGUAUUAGAUGGAGGAAUCAUCUCUCUUUGGAAAGUGGUGGGGAGAAGAGCAUUUCUGAUAAUGCCGUCGUCGCCGGUGGUAAAAAAAUCGGCCAUUGGAGGAAUUUGGAGGAUGCAGAGAAAGGGAGGAGGAGGAGGAAAUCCGGGGUGGUGAAAUCCACGGCGGAGAGGGGUUUGUUCAGGAGUGGCGGCGGCGGAGGAGGAGAAGAAGCUGUGGUGGCGGGGAAUGAAAUGAUGGUGGCGGAGAGGUUCAAGGUGGUGGCUUUGGUGGCUGGAAUCAUGUGCUUAUGCAAUGCGGACAGAGUGGUUAUGUCGGUUGCUGUUGUUCCAUUGGCUGCCAAGCAUGGUUGGAGUAGCGCUUUCCUGGGCAUUGUUCAGUCUUCAUUUCUUUGGGGAUACAUACUUUCGUCAGUGAUUGGAGGAGCUUUGGUGGAUAAAUAUGGAGGAAAACGGGUGAUUGCUUGGGGUGGAGCCUUAUGGUCGUUGGCCACUCUUCUUACACCAUGGGCUGCAAAUCAUUCCACUGCUAGCCUCUUGGCCGUUCGCGCUUUCUUCGGCCUUGCUGAAGGAGUAGCUCUACCCUCAAUGAACACCCUUUUAUCUAGGUGGUUUCCAAGCAAUGAAAGAGCUACUGCUGUUGGUCUAUCUAUGGGAGGAUUCCAUCUGGGAAAUGUAGUGGGUUUAGUGCUAACUCCUUUAGUGAUGUCGUCCGUAGGAAUUUCGGGUCCUUUUAUCCUGUUUUCAUCCCUUGGGCUUCUGUGGUUAACUUCAUGGGUAUACCGUGUAACAAACGAUCCACAAGACAGCAAUUUCAUUAAAAAAGCAGAGCUGCGACUGAUACAAGCAGGAAAAUCUGAUUCUCCGGCAACCAAGGCCAAGCUUCCACCUUUGGGCCUUUUACUGUCAAAGAUGCCCACAUGGGCUAUAAUCUUUGCGAAUGUUACUAACAACUGGGGAUACUUUGUUCUUCUCUCAUGGAUGCCUGUUUACUUUAAAACUGUUUUUGGUGUGAACUUGAAACAAGCAGCGUGGUUUAGUGCUGUCCCCUGGGGAACGAUGGCUAUCUCAGGGUACAUCGCCGGGGCGAUGUCAGAUUAUUUAAUCAAAGUGGGGUAUUCUUUGACAUUAGUCCGUAAAAUAAUGCAGGUAUAUACAAGCUGAAAACCAGCCUCUAAAAAUAAAGAUUGCUCUGAAGGAAAAACAGACAUCCUUGCUUGUUUGAUUUUUGUUGAAAGAAAAUUGUAUUUGAUGGUCCCACCUCGUUAAAACUACAUUAUAUUAGCAAUCACAUCUAAUUUGUAUUAUUGCAUAACCCCAUUAAUAUCCUCUUUGUGCAUCGACAGUCUAUUGGAUUCAUCGGUCCUGGGAUAUCAUUGCUCGCAUUGAACUAUGCUAAGACACCAGAAGUUGCUGCCAUAUGCAUUACUAUAGCCCUGAGCCUUAGCUCUUUUAGUCAAGCCGGCUUCCUACUGAAUAUGCAGGUAAAGAUCAAUGCUGGAUGGGUCGAAACCCUUUAAACCCUGAAGCAAACUUAAUUUUUUUCUUCUGGGUCCAAUUUCAGAAUGUAAAGCUUUCUAUUGCCCUUCAGAAUCUAAAUAGUACAUUUGGUUUUGAUUGUUUCAUCAGGAUAUUGCUCCCCAGUAUGCUGGAUUUCUCCAUGGUAAAUCUGCAUACUGUCUCUUCAUUCUUUCUUUGUAUCAUUCUUCAUUAGUGGUCAUUGCUUGGGUUUUAAUUUGUUCAUGAACGAAAUUAUUUGACAGGGAUCUCGAAUUCUGCCGGAACUCUAGCAGCAAUAAUCAGCACAAUAGGAACAGGAUUUUUUGUGCAAUGGCUGGGAUCUUUCCAAGCUUUUCUAACCCUCACUGCAUGCCUCUAUUUUAUUACUGCCAUAUUCUGGAAUCUCUAUGCCACCGGUGAGAGGGUUUUUUAAGAUAAAAACGAAGAUUAUUCUUUAAAAGCUUAUAGUAUAGCCCAUGAAUCCCGAUGAUUAUCCCCCCUUUCCAAAUUAUUUUUGAUAUACCAAAAUAGAAACAUAGAACUUUUUCCCCCACCGCCCUGAAAUGUAGUGGUAAUGUAAAUUUUGUUAGCAUCAUCAAGCUGGCUAGUCAUGAUGAGUUAUGAGGGCUAAAAAAAUGAAGUGUUAGGAAAAAUGUAAAAGUCAAGUUUGUUGAAUGGAUUCAAAGUGAUAUUAUCAAGAUUUUUUUAGGGAAUCUUUGUAUACAUAUAGUUUAUAGUUAUACCAGGAUGUGACCAAAAUGUUCAAGAUACUUCAUCAUAUGUGGAUGGUUUUGUGUUAGAUUACUGGCCAUACAAAGAUGUCUGCAACAUUUUUUUCGGCGAAUUUUCUUUGGGACGUUUAAUGAUUACAUGGAGAAAUUAUGGAGUGGUGAUGACAAACUGAGGAAGACUCCAUUCCGAACUAGUGUAAUGUCUGAAAUUAUUUUAGGACAUUUGUUUUGGUUUCAACUUGACUUCCAUACAGUUAGUUUUAGUUUGGAUGUCACAACUCACAACUAAGACCAAUUGAAAGGCGGCCAUUUGGAUACAGUAUCCAAGCAUGUUCUCUUGCCUGAGCUUCGCUGGGUAAAUGCUGUAAUACCAUCAUCAAGACAUCAAUUUGGCAGUUUCAUUGUCUGUAAGAGAAUGUGCUUAAAAAAAUGGUUGGAUUUAAUGUCAUCUGCCAAUCUGUAAGCUUCUUACUUAUGCUGAACUAGCAUGAAAGUUGAAAUGUCAAUGCGAUCUCUGAAAGGGAAAUAGUGCAAUAUUAUUAGAACUGAAGGUUCCACCCAGAAAUUUCUCCCAGUACCUAAUGAGUUUAUGAAAUUGCACACCAGAUUGUACUCAUUAUCACACAUGUUGGAAGAAUUCUGUCGUCUAAGAGAGAUUUAUUUAGGUCGAAUGAGUGUUUUUUUAAUGAGACGU